AUGCCAUUAACAGGGCAUGAUGGGAUAGACAGGCAAGAUGGCGGCGCCCUGAGGUCGAGAAAGACGACCAACAUUUCAACCGAGUAUGACCUCUCCAUGAAAUGCCUCAACGACUAUGGCCAUGAUAAAAACCAGUGUGAACUCUACUUUCAGAAUUACAGAUACUGCCGGAAGUUUUGGUCUGUAAUCAAAUCGGAGAGGAAAAAGGAAGGAAUUGAACCUGUCCUGCCACCACCAGAAGAAAGAGAAGAUGUGAAAAAGAAAUAUCUUCCUCACCUAAAAGAUGUAUGA